AUGGAAUUGAUUUCAAUCGGUUUGGGUGUCUUGUUGUCCUAUUGGCUCAAUGCAUUUUUCAACGCUCUUCAACAAUUGGACCAAUCCACAUUUAUUCGUUUACUGUUCUACUUUCCGAUUAUCAUUCUGACAAUAGGCGCCGUGAGAGUUUAUAAAUCCUACAUGGCACAAUUGCUUGAACUUCAAUGGAGACGUUGGUUAACAAAUCAUUUCUUGAGUAAUUAUCUAGCAGAGCAUGCCUAUUAUGGAGCAUUGUUCCAGACAAAUCGUGACGAUAAUCCUGAUCAAAAAAUAUCCGCCGAUAUCAGAUCUUACAUUGCGCACACAUGUACUCUGAUAACGGAUCGUAUUGGUCGAAAUCUGAUAACUUUAAACUAUGAACAAGAACGUCAUGAAGCCAAUUUUCGAUAUGGACUCGCUCGACUUCGAGAUCAUGUGGAAUCUGUGGCGAUGUAUAGAGGUGAAUUUCAUGAAUACGCAUCCUUAACGACUAUGUUCUCUGCACUAAUGUCAAACUUUCGCGAGAUAAUGCGUUGUUCACUUCAUCUGAAUUGGUUCUUGGAGUUGUUUACUUACAUAUCAGAUAUCUUUCCAUAUCUAGUCGCUUCGACUCAUUACUUCUCGAAACAGAUCACUCUCGGAGAUUUGACACAAAUCGGAUCGUCUUUUGUACGUGUGAAAUCAUCACUCUCAUUUGUUGUCACAUCUUACACCACAAUUGCACAGUGGCGAGCAGAAACAAAACGACUCAUCAAUUUAGACAAUACUUUAAAGGAUUGGCAUGCAGCAAAGCAAAAUUCCAAAAUCAAAAUCGUCCGUACAUUCAAGGAGCGGAACAUUCGAAUAGAAGGAUUGACCUCGCAGUUGCCAUGGAAAAUUGCUGCUGACUAUCCGCAAAUUCUCUUUGAAAAUUUCAAUUACGUUUUCGAACCAUAUCAGUCUGUGCUUAUCACAGGUCAAUCUGGAUGUGGAAAAUCCACUUUACUUCGAAUUCUUGCUGGUAUUUGGCCGUACGGUCGUGGAACAAUCACUAUGCCUGCUCAAGAUGCAAUUGAAUUUGUUCCUCAAAAGAUCUAUUGUCCACUUGGGCCUCUUCGUCAUUGUUUGACUUAUCCAACGACGACGCUAUGUUCAUCGACGGACAAUGCAAAUAUCGAGCGGCUUUUGAGUCUUUGUCAACUCGAAUCAUUAGCAAAUCGUUUAGAUGAUAUUGACGAUUGGUCUCUCGUUUUGUCGUCUGGAGAACAGCAGAAAAUGAUUUUCGUUCGUGUUCUUCUUCAUCAACCGAAAUGGAUCUUUUUAGAUGAAGUGACAUCAUCAUUAGAUGAACCAUCUGAAACACAUUUAUAUUCCACUCUAUUUCGAGAACUCGGUUCCUAUUCGACAAUCAUCAGCGUAGGGCAUCGAAAGAAUUUGCGGCAAUUUCAUCGAAUUCAAUUGCAAUGUGUCGAUGGACAAAUCACACGAGUUGAUACAUAA